UCCUAGUUGUUUGAUAAUCACCAGAAUUGUAGUAAUUGAAACUUUUAUAUUUUGCUUGCUUUUUGGUUAGUCUCUUCAUUCAUCCUUCCGAUCCUCUCUUUCAAUCAGCACUUGUCUCUCUUAAGCUAAGAUGGCCUUGCCAGUCUCUGCCAUUGGAUUUGAAGGUUUUGAAAAAAGGCUUGAAAUAUCAUUUUUUGAACCUGGUAUCUUUGCUGACCCUGGUGGUCGUGGGCUUCGAGCUUUUUCAAAUUACCAGUUGGAUGAAAUUCUAAAACCAGCUCAUUGCACCAUUGUGUCCUCAUUAUCGAAUGGUGAAGUCGAUUCCUAUAUACUCUCAGAAUCUAGUCUUUUCAUCUUCCCUUACAAAAUCAUACUCAAAACUUGUGGGACUACAAAGUUGCUUCUUUCAAUUCCAUUGAUCCUGAAGUUUGCUGGUGAUCUCAAACUCAGAGUGAAAUCAGUGAGGUAUUCCCGUGGGAGUUUUAUAUUUCCUGGUGCUCAGCCUUAUCCACACUGCAAUUUUUAUGAGGAAGUAGCUGUCCUAAACAGCUAUUUUGGCAAACUUGGAGCAGGCAGUAGAGCUUAUCUGAUGGGUGGUGCUGAGAAGCAGCAGAAAUGACAUGUCUACUCUGCUUCAGCUGAACACAUGGAAAAUAUGGAUCCGGUUUAUACCUUAGAAAUGUGCAUGACUGGGUUGGACAAGAAUAGGGCUGCAGUGUUUCAUAAAACGCAGUCAAGGUCUGCUGCUGUCAUGACUGAAACCUCUGGCAUAAGAAAGAUUCUUCCCCAAUCAGAGAUCUGUGAUUUUGACUUUGAUCCCUGUGGGUAUUCCAUGAAUUCAAUCGAAGGAGAUGCAAUCUCGACUAUUCAUGUUACACCUGAGGUUGGCUUCAGUUAUGCUAGUUUUGAAGCCGUUGGAUAUGACUCGAAAGUUCUAGACUUAACCAAGCUUCUUGAAAGGGUGUUGGCCUGUUUCCAACCCACGGAGUUUUGUUUUGCUCUGCACAGUCGUAGUUCUGGAGAGGAGCUUGAUUUUGAUUUCAACUUGAACUUGAAAGGAUACACGUGUGAGGAAAGGAGCUGUGAAAUGCUCGGGAAGGGAGGAUCAAUUAUCUACCAGAGUUUCACUGGCGCUGGUUGCUGUGGGUCUCCCAGGUCAAUUCUGAAAUGCUGCUGGAGCCAGAGUGAGGACGAGUACGUCGAGAAGGAAGAGUGACAAUUGAGAGAGUCUUCCAUCUUUAACUGUGUGUUGAAGUAUUUUCAUUUCAACGGGGUCCCUUUUGUGCUUGUAGUCGGGGGAUUACAAUAAGGUCUCUUCUUGUUGUUCUUGUAGUCAAGUCAAGGAAUAAAGCUGUCUUUCGCUUUGGUAUUUA